AAAUAAAAGGCUUAAGUGGGAACAUGAACAUAGCAAACUUGAAGUAGAUGUGCCACCAAUAAUAAACCCACCUACCAAAUGUAAUAUAGUCUUUGAUCCAUCAAAGCAUCAAACCCAAUAUGCAAGUUGGAUGUUGAGCACAUAUGAUAAGGUUCGUUAUCUUGAGAAUGAGUGGAAAAGUAUCACCCUUUGUCCCUCAGACCAAAUAUCAUCCAAAGAAAACAAGACCUCUCCACAUGAUUUAUUGAUUGAGACACUUAUUCAAGAAGCUCAAUCCACUAACAUGAAUCCUCUAGUAUCAUUUGAGAUACCUCCAGAUUUUUUAACAUUGGUUGAUAGUGAGGUCAUAAUCCCUAAAAAUGAUGAUGAAAUUAACCAACUACCAUCUGCUGAUACAAAUAAACAUUUAUGGAUUGCUUUUGUACUAGAUAAGUUGGUGAAAUUUCAUUAUAUUAUCAAACCAGAAUGUAUUACAGAUCUGGAUGGCAGAAAUUUAAUACACUUAGAGAAACUUGAUAAUCAAGAUGCUGUUAUGCAAGCAACAAAUGCU